AUGUGGCUGCUGCCGCUUCUCAUCCCUUUACUCUGCAGUCCUGUGUGCCUGUCUGUGACAGUGAGCAGCAGUAAAUCCAAUGUAGAGGUCCACGAGCACACAGAUGCUCUGCUGUCCUGUGAGUUCAAGACAGAGACGGAACAAAACCCUCGGAUUGAGUGGAAGAAGAGAGGAAAGAGCGUGUCAUACGUGUACUUUGAUAAAAGAUUUAUUGGGCCUUACACGGGACGGGCCACUAUAGAUGGAGCUACGCUGAUGUUACACGCGGUCACUCAGAAAGACUCGGGCGAGUAUCGCUGUGAGGUGACCGCCCUCAACGAUCACGUCAAACUGGGAGAGACGUCUGUAACCCUCAAUGUGCUGGUACCUCCUCAUGUGCCGUCCUGUGCGGUGCCGAGCUCCAUGUUCGUGGGCUCAGACCUGGAGCUGCUCUGUAAGGACAAACUGAGCGUUCCUCCUGCCACCUACCGCUGGUACAAAGACAACAAGGCCCUGACAGCCACAGCCGACACGUCAUACGGAAUCGACACCCACACAGGCACACUGAAGUUUAAGAGUGUGUCCAAAACAGACACAGGGAUGUACCGCUGUGAGUCCUCCAACAAUGCGGGGGCGCCCAAGAGCUGUGUGGCCCAACAACUCAACGUUAAUGACUAUCCCUUGAAUAUGACAGUUUUGAUAGCAGGUGCUGCAGCUUUUGUGACGCUCGUCGUCUUCUGCUGCAUCUGUGUGUGUGUGUGUCGACGCCGAGGCUGCUGCAGGAAAGAAAAAAGUAUAAAAAGCAACAACUCCUACAACCCAGCGCCUCCUCCUCCUCCCUGCCGCAACCUCAAGCAUUACAAACAAACUCAGUCCUUCAUGAUCUGAGGGUGAAACACUGAGUCGGACUUCAGGUCAUCCAGAGUCAGAAGUGCUUCAUUAAUGUCCGGCACAACUUGCUUUUGGACGUCUGCUCUCUGCUGCCUUGAACUCACACACAUACACAGU